ACGUCACUAUAGCAACAAAGAAAACUUUGAGACCGCCAUAUUUGAUGUACCAAACGAAAAAGUUUUGCAGAAAGAAGGCAGAAAAAUAUGGCGUUUUUUUGCAAUCGAACAUUUCGUACUGCGUGAUAACAAUUUCAAGGAGGAAUUCAUCCAGACAGGUUGAUAAAAGAUGUCCAUCAGAAAUGAACAAACUCGCCUUACAAGCUCAGCAGGAAAACUGCCUCGCCUUCCACCCAUCACAGCACCUACCUCUCCCAGCUCAAAGUUUGACAAGAGUUAUCUCAGAACGCACAGAAGAAGUGAACACAUGCAAGAGCUCUUGACAAGCAAACUAUAUGACAAGGCAUUCCAAGCAAAAGAAGACACUGAAGAAAGUCUCAAGAGAAGGCCCAUGUCAGCUGGAGAACCUGAAAUGCCCUCACAGAUGAUGAGCACUGAGAGAAGAAUCAGAUUAAAUUACCAGUUCAUGAAGAAAUGUGUUCAGGACGGACCUGUAACACCAAUGGCUGAUGAUUGGUGGGAUACCAUAUUGACCAUGAUCCCAGCAAAGUUGGUUUUAUCUGCAGCAUUGCAGCCACACAUCAAGGAAUUGUAUGAUGAAGUCAAAGGGGAAUAUGAGGCCAGCAUCAGAAAGGCCAUGGUUCAACACAUUCUGGUUAAGCCCAAGGUUAAAGGAGUUGAAGAGGAUGAAGAUUUACCAGAUGAGAUAAUCGGUGUUGAUUAUUCUAGUCCUUGGAGAGAGAGUUUCAAUGCAUCCCGGGAAACCGUUAGGCAAAAUCUUCAUAUCCUGCAUCCCUCUAUGCAAACAAUUUUAGGAAUUUGCCAAAGCAAAAAUUAUUCAACCAUGCUGAUAACUGAUCAAUCAAAUCUGAGGGCUCAGGGUUCCAUAGAAUGCGAGCACCUCAAAAACAAUGUGACCCUGGACUGUGAAAAGACUGAAGAAAAGCUAAUGCAUAGUUGGUUUCCAGAAGUGGUGAAUGUCUUUAUUGACAAAAACAUGUUGAAGCAUCUAAACACUUCACAAGCUGACUCAUUCUACAACAGUGUAUCCACUCUUGUCUCCAACCAGCUGAAGGACCUGAUAAACAGAACCAUAUCAGCAUGGGAAAGACUGUUUUUUGAGGAGAACAAAAAUUGUCUUCCACUCUUCAAGAUGGAGUUGAUCUUAGAUGAUGAUGAUCACAUGCAGUUCUAUCCUGCUCUUGAUGAUGUGGAGGCUGCAGUGUUACAUGUUGUAUCUGCAGUCUCCGGAACAAUGCAGAAUGUCCCAACAGUACAGUCGUGGUUGGGUGGGGGUAACACAGUGACACAUGUGGAUGCUGGCGUGGACAAACAAGUUCUAUCAAGGUGUACCAAGUUCCUUAAAGAUGCUGUCAGCACUAACUUGCAGCAGCCUAUUGAGUACCUGCACUCUUUUGACAAAUAUGGUGCCCUUGUUACCGGAGAGGCAGCAGAGCAUGUCAAACAGUUCAUUUCAAGUGAAUGCUCGUUUGAAGAUUACACACAGGAAAUUGAAAAAUUUCGUUCUCUUGCUCGUGAAAUCAAUUCACUUCCGACUGUGGCACACUUUGAUAUGGUUCAGUUAGACUGUGAUGAUUUGAAGAGAGGCCUGGCUACUAAGGCCAAUCGCUUUGCUGAUCAGUUGUUACAAAGGCUGGCAGAGGAACACAGGGCAGAAAACAGAAGAAUUAUCUCUGAAUUUGAAGCCAUCAGAGAACGUGCUCUUACCAAACCAGAGGACACUCGUGAAAUGAUAGACAUGCUAAAAUUUGUUGAAGAAGCAAAGACGAAGACCCUGGUCAAGCUUGACAGCGACAUCAAGGAGUCAUUCAUCAGGCUCUCCUAUCUUUUAGAUGUUUUCACAUUCACACAAGAUGACAUGAACCUCAACUCUACAGUACUUAACUGGCCUAACAAUAUUGCUCCCAUAUUCGACCAGAAUGAUGAGAUUGUGGUUGCUGCUCAGAAGAGCAAUGAAAGUGCACUCAUGGAGAAAAGAGAGAAAGUUAUGCUGGAGCUUGACAAGCUCAAGAGACGCGUGGAAGAGUUCAAAGAGUAUGGUGAUAUGGACAUGAUGAUGCAGUAUGUGAAGGAAGUACAGACAGUUCAAAAGAAACUCACUGACAGUGUUGAAGCUAUUGGCUUUAUUAAUGAGGAAGAAGAGUUAUUCAAGUGGGAGCAAACAACAUAUCCUGAAGUGGAGGCCAUCACCAAAGCUAUUGAGCCAUAUCAAAAACUCUUCACAACAAUUGUUAAAUGGCAGAGAGCUGAGAAAAAAUGGAUGGAUGGCGCCUUUCUUGAACUGAAUGCUGAAGCCACAGAGGCAGAGGUCGAGGAGUAUGGCCGUGAGAUGUACAAGAUUGCAAAAGUAUUUCAGUCAAUGAAAAAGGACGCUGAGAAGGAAAAGAAAGGUCACAGAAGAGUCAAGGAUUCCAAGGAGAAGGAAGAGCCAGAGACAGAACUAGCUGCAUUAGUAGUUACACACACAGUUCAGCAUCAAAUAAAAGAAUUCAAGGAGCACAUUCCUGUCAUUAGUGUUAUGUGCAAUCCAGGAAUUCGUUCUCGACACUGGAAGGCCAUGUCCGAUAUUAUUGGGUUUGAUAUCACACCGGAUUCUGGAAGUACUUUGCGUAAGGUUCUCAAGUUCAAUCUCAAGCCAUACAUGGAUGAGUUCGAGGGCAUCAGUGCAGGGGCAAGCAAGGAAUUCUCGUUGGAGAAAGCUAUGCUAAAGAUGGUGGAUGAAUGGGACAACAUCUUGUUCAGUACAACUGAAUACCGUGAUACUGGCGUGUCUAUCUUGGCUGCUGUGGAUGAAAUUCAGACUACACUUGAUGAUCAAAUUGUUAAGACCCAGACAAUGAGAGGUUCCCCCUUUAUCAAGCCGUUUGAGGCUGAAAUAAAGGCCUGGGAAGAGCGUUUGUUAAAGAUGCAGGAAAUAAUAGAUGAGUGGCUAAAAGUUCAAGCCCAGUGGUUGUACCUAGAACCUAUUUUUAGCUCUGAGGACAUCAUGCAGCAGAUGCCUGAGGAAGGACGCAAGUUCAAGACAGUAGACAGGAACUGGAAGGACAUCAUGAAUUUUGUUUGCAAAGAUCCCAAGGUGCUGUCAGCCACUUCAAUGCCAAGUAUGUAUGACAGAUUGAAGGACAGUAACGACUUGCUGGACCAGAUUAACAAGGGAUUAAAUGCUUACCUAGAAAAAAAGAGACUCUUUUUCUCCAGAUUUUUCUUCUUGUCAAAUGACGAGAUGCUGGAGAUUCUGUCAGAAACAAAGGAUCCGUAUCGGGUUCAGCCACAUCUGAAGAAGUGUUUUGAGGGAAUUGCUAAGUUAGAGUUUACAUCUGCUUUGGAUAUCACUCACAUGUACAGCAGCGAGGGAGAAAAGGUUCCGCUCAGUGACACCAUAUCCACAUCAGAAGCACGAGGUGCUGUUGAAAAAUGGCUGCUUCAAGUCCAGGAUGUGAUGCUUGUAAGCAUCAGAGACAUCAUUGAGCGAGCUGUGCAGGCAUAUGCUACAGAUGACAGGAAAGUUUGGGUAUUGUCUUGGCCUGGACAGAUUGUUAUUUGUGUGAGUCAGAUAUAUUGGACUCAAGAGGUGCAUGAAGCUAUUCGCUCUGGACCCCACGGACUGAAAGAAUACCAUGAAAAACUCACCCAGCAGCUUUCAGACAUUGUAGUGCUAGUCCGCGGCAAGCUGUCGAAGCAGAACAGGACCACUCUUGGAGCACUUGUAGUGAUUGAUGUUCAUGCUAGAGAUGUGGUUCAUGACAUGGUAGAGAAAGGUGUUUCUCAGGAAAAUGAUUUUCAGUGGCUGUGUCAGAUGCGUUACUACUGGGAACAGGACAACUGUCUAGUGAGAAUCAUCAAUGCCACUGUGCGUUAUGGAUACGAGUACCUUGGCAACUCUGGCAGGCUCGUCAUCACCCCCCUGACAGAUCGUUGUUACCGUACUCUUGUGAGUGCUUUUCACUUAAAUCUGGGGGGAGCACCAGAGGGUCCUGCAGGGACUGGCAAGACAGAAACAACUAAGGAUUUAGCAAAAGCCCUUGCUAUACAGUGUGUGGUGUUUAACUGUUCAGAUGGACUGGAUUACCUACAAAUGGGCAAAUUCUUUAAAGGUCUUGCAUCCUGUGGUGCUUGGGCAUGUUUUGAUGAAUUCAAUCGCAUUGAGCUGGAAGUUCUGUCAGUGGUAGCCCAACAGAUUCUGUGUAUUCAGCGUGGUAUAGCCGCUCAUCAGGAUAGGUUUAUUUUUGAAGGAACGGAGCUGAACUUGAACUCCAAUUGUUUCGUGGCUAUUACGAUGAAUCCUGGUUAUGCAGGAAGGUCAGAGCUCCCUGAUAACCUCAAGGUGUUGUUCCGCACUGUAGCCAUGAUGGUACCAGACUAUGCCCUGAUUGGAGAAAUCAUGUUGUACUCCUAUGGAUUUGUAGAUGCUCGUAAUCUGUCAGUAAAGAUCGUUACCACCUACAAACUGUGUUCAGAGCAGCUGUCAUCCCAGUUCCACUACGACUAUGGUAUGCGUGCAGUCAAAGCUGUGUUGGCAGCAGCUGGUAACCUGAAGCUCAAGUAUCCAACAGAUGACGAGAAUGUACUGUUGCUGAGAUCAAUCAUGGAUGUCAAUCUACCCAAGUUUCUUUCUCACGAUAUUCCACUGUUUGAAGGAAUCAUUUCUGACUUGUUCCCUGGUGUGGCCUUGCCCAAGGCCAACUAUGGUACUUUCCUCGACACAGCCAAAGAGAUAUGUGACAAAAAGAAUCUCCAAAUGGUUGAUUUUUUCAGUGAAAAGAUUAUCCAAACUUAUGAAAUGAUGAUUGUUCGGCAUGGCUUUAUGAUGGUAGGCGAUCCAUUCUCCGGGAAGACUAAGGUACUAGAAGUACUGGCUGAGACACUGAAUGUACUGACAGACAGGGGUUAUGAUGAUGAAAAUGUAAACAAGGUGUGGUUUCGUGUAAUAAACCCAAAGGCUAUUACUAUGGGACAGCUGUUUGGUCAGUUUGAUCCUGUCUCGCACGAGUGGACGGAUGGUAUUGUGGCUAACACGUUCCGUGAGUACGCUUCGGAUCAAACUGAUAUCAAGAAGUGGGUUAUUUUUGAUGGACCUAUUGACACCUUGUGGAUUGAGAGCAUGAACACUGUUCUAGAUGACAACAAGAAGCUCUGUUUGAUGAGUGGAGAGAUAAUUCAGUUGUCAAAUGUGAUGAGCUUGAUCUUCGAAUGUAGGGAUUUAUCACAAGCCUCUCCGGCCACAGUAAGCCGAUGUGGUAUGAUCUACUUGGAGCCCAGCUCCCUGGGCUGGGAGCCUGUGUUACAAUCCUGGUGUAACACUCUGCCUGACGAGCUCAGCAGCGAGCAUGGAAAACUCAUAAUGGCGCUCUUCCACUGGGCGUUACCUGCUUCUAUCACUUUUUUACGCAAGCAUUGUAAGGAGCCUGUGUCCUUGCAAGACAGUAAUCUCGCUCGCUCGCUUAUGAACUUGGUGGAAAUUCUCAUGAAAGACAUCCCUGCAGAGGAUAACAAAUACAUGAAGUCAUGGUUGAUUUCAUCGUUCAUGUUUGCCUUGGUGUGGUCAGUGGGCGCUUGUGUGGAUACAGACAGUCGAGUCAAAUUUGAUACGUUUUUCAAAGAUCUAAUGGCAGGAAAAAUUGAAGAGCAUGCUAUUCCCUCGCUGGUGGGAAAGAUUGAAGCACUUAUUCCAAAUGAAGGAUUAGUCUAUGACUACUUAUUUGAGCGUAAGGGUCGUGGUAACUGGCUUCCCUGGACAAAGACUAUCAAGGAAGGUGUAGCAGGGGGGAAAGGCCAGCGGAUCAGCGAUAUCAUUGUACCUACUAUGGACACAGCUCGCUAUUCACACCUAAUGGAGAUCAUGUUUAACAAUAACAAACCCCUGCUUUUCGUUGGUCCCACUGGAACUGGAAAGUCAGUUUAUAUCAAGGACAAGCUCAUGAAUGGAAUCAACAGAGAUGCGUAUAUUCCUGCCUUCGUUAAUUUCUCUGCUCAGACGAGUGCUAACCAGACUCAGGACAUAAUCAUGUCUAAACUGGAUAAGAGACGAAAAGGAGUGUUUGGUCCACCAGUAGGGAAACGGUUUAUAAUUUUCGUGGAUGACGUAAAUAUGCCUGCUCUAGAAAAGUAUGGUGCCCAGCCUCCAAUCGAACUUCUUCGUCAGUACUUGGACCAUGGGAACUGGUAUGACCGUAAGGACACGUCUAAACUGGCACUGAUUGACCUUCAGUUCGUGUGUGCCAUGGGUCCUCCUGGAGGUGGUAGAAACCCCAUCACUCCUCGCUUCUUAAGACACUUCAAUGUGAUCUCAGUUGCCACGUUUGGUGAUGACACUAUGACAAGGAUUUUCUCCUCUAUCGUCAACUUCUAUUUCAGAAGCAAUGAAUUUCCCAAUGAUGUCUAUACCAUGGGAUCUAUGAUUGUCGGAGCCACAAUGGAGGUGUACAAGCAAGCGAUGGUUAAUCUUUUGCCCACUCCAGCCAAGUCCCACUACACCUUUAACUUGAGAGACUUCUCUCGGGUGAUCCGUGGGGUUCUUCUUAUAAAAAAGGAUGCUCUCACUGACAAGAAAACGCUAAGCAGAUUGUGGGUUCAUGAGGUGUAUCGUGUUUAUUAUGAUCGCCUGGUAGAUGACAAUGACAGGGCCUGGUUGCACAGCUUACUAAAGAAAGUCACCAAAGAGCACCUGAAAGAUGAUUUUGACUCUCUUUUCAAGCACUUGUCCUCUGACCAGAAAACGGCCUCUGAAGAUGACAUGAGAAGUCUGAUGUUCUGUGAUUUUCUUAACCCUGACGCGAUCGGCGAGGAUCGCAUGUACCAAGAAGUGGAAUCUAUUGAUGAACUUUACAAGAUUGUAGAGCAGUGUCUGGAAGAAUAUAACCAAACACAUAAGACACAGAUGAACCUGGUUAUUUUCAGGUAUGUGUUAGAGCAUCUGGUCCGCAUCAGUCGUAUUUUGAAGCAACCAGGAGGGAAUGCUUUGUUAGUUGGAGUAGGAGGUAGUGGCAGACAGUCUCUCUCCCGCCUGGCGGCAGCUAUUGCUGAUUUCCAUGUCUUCCAACCGGAGAUCUCAAAGAGUUAUGGUUUACCUGAAUGGCGUGAAGACAUUAAGACGAUGCUGAAGAGUGCAGGAUGUCAGAUGAAACCCACAGUGUUCUUGUUAACAGACACCCAGAUUAAAGAGGAGUCAUUCUUGGAAGAUGUUGACAGCUUACUUAACACUGGUGAAGUACCUAAUUUGUUUGCAGUCGACGAAAAAGCUGAACUCAAUGAGAGCGUCCGUCCAGCAGCUCAAGCGCAAGCCGAAGACAAGAAUGCCGAAUUCUCACCUCUGGCACUGUUUAACUUCUUUGUGAAUUGUUGUAAAGAAAACCUUCAUAUUAUGUUGUGCAUGAGUCCUAUUGGUGAUGCAUUCAGAAACAGACUCAGGCAAUUCCCAGCACUAAUCAACUGCUGCACCAUUGACUGGUUUCAGCCGUGGCCUGAAGAUGCACUUGAGAUGGUGGCUAACAAGUUCCUUCAAGACGUGGAAAUGACUGACAAUGAGCGCAAAGAAGUUGUGCCUAUCUGCCAGUACUUCCACACCAGUGCUCGAAACUUGUCUGAAAGGUAUCUUGACAAACUCGGCCGACAUAACUAUGUGACUCCCACAUCAUAUCUGGAGCUGAUUUCUUCAUUAAAAACACUACUAGGAAAGAAGCAAGACGAGGUGAUGCGUAACAAGCAUCGUUAUGAAGUAGGUCUGGAGAAGCUGGCAUUUGCUGCAUCUCAGGUGGCCGACAUGCAGAAAGAACUGGAGGAGUUACAGCCACAGCUUGUGGAAACAGCCAAAGAAAAUACUAAGAUGAUGAAAGUCAUUGAAAAGGAAUCAGCUGAAGUCGAAGCUCGUAGUGAACUGGUAAGAAAGGACGAAGCAGUAGCCAAUCAGAAGGCUUCAGAGUCGCAGGCCCUAAAAGAAGAGUGCGAGGGUGAUUUGGCUGAAGCAAUCCCUGCCUUGGAAGCAGCUUUAGCUGCUCUCAACACACUCAAGCCAGCAGACAUUACUAUCGUAAAGUCCAUGACUAAUCCACCCGCUGGGGUUAAGCUCGUCAUGUCAGCUGUGUGCGUUAUGCGGGACAUCAAACCCGAGAAAAUCAAUGAUCCCGCGGGAACAGGAAAGAAGAUUCUGGACUAUUGGGGUCCAUCAAAGAAGCUACUGGGAGACAUGAACUUUCUUAACAACCUUAAAGAAUAUGACAAAGACAAUAUUCCGGUGCACAUCAUGAGCAAGAUCAGAAAGGAGUACAUUCCAAAUCCAGACUUUGACCCACAGAAAGUUCGUACAGCAUCUUCUGCAGCGGAAGGUUUGUGUAAGUGGGUGCAAGCCAUGGAAAUAUAUGACAGAGUUGCUAAGGUUGUAGCACCUAAGAAAGCUCGUCUAGCUGAGGCUGAGGAAUCUCUGGCAGAAACCAUGAAAAUUUUAAAUGCAAAGCGUGAGGAGUUAGCUGAGGUGGAGGGUAAACUGGCCAAUUUAAAACUUACGUUCGCAGAGAUGACAGACAAGAAACAGCAACUGGAAUUUCAGGUGGAUUUGUGCGGUAAGAAGCUAGAACGAGCUGAGAAGCUAAUUGGAGGCCUGGGUGGAGAGAAAGACCGCUGGUCAGCAGCUGCAGCCUCACUGCAGGAUGUGUACGAUAAUUUGACAGGUGAUGUACUUAUCUCGUCAGGAGUCAUAGCUUACUUAGGAGCGUUCACUGCUGGCUUCAGAAGGGAAUGUACCCAAGAGUGGACCAAGAUUUGCAAGUCGAAGAACAUUCCUUGCUCCGAUGACUUUUCGUUGAGUAAGACACUAGGUCAGGCUAUUAAGAUCAGGGCAUGGAACAUAGCUGGCCUUCCUACUGACUCAUUUUCCAUUGAUAAUGGGGUCAUUGUGGAUAACACCAGGAGAUGGCCGCUGAUGAUUGAUCCACAGGGACAAGCAAACAAAUGGAUUAAAAAUUCUGAGAAAGAUAAUCAACUCUCGGUGAUUAAAUUGACGGACGCUGAUUACAUUCGGACUCUGGAGAACAGUAUUCAGUUUGGAAAUCCUGUUUUACUUGAGAAUGUAGGCGAGGAACUUGAUCCAUCAUUAGAGCCCCUGUUACUAAAACAGACCUUCAAACAAGGCGGUGUGAAGUGCCUCCGUUUAGGUGAAAGUGUUAUUGAAUACUCUGAUGACUUUCGGUUCUACAUUACUACUAAGCUGCGGAACCCUCAUUACCUGCCUGAACUGUCCACCAAGGUCACACUUCUCAACUUUAUGAUCACUCCAGAAGGACUGGAAGAUCAACUACUGGGAAUUGUUGUGGCUAAAGAAAGACCUGAUCUUGAAGAAGAAAGGCAGGCGCUGAUAGUACAGAGUGCUGCUAACAAGAAACAACUGAAAGAGAUUGAGGACAAGAUUCUAGAAACAUUGUCCUCUUCAGAAGGGAACAUCUUGGAGGACGAGACAGCUAUCCAGAUUUUAGACUCGUCAAAGGUGCUCUCCGAUGAGAUCACAAAGAAACAGAAGGUUGCAGAAGAGACGGAAGCUAAAAUCAAUGAGUCCAGGCGUGGAUAUAAUCCUAUAGCUGCACACGCAUCAGUGCUGUUCUUCUCCAUAACUGAUCUACCAAACAUUGAUCCCAUGUACCAGUCCUCACUCACCUGGUUUGUCAACCUGUUCCUUAACUCUAUACACGACAGCAACAAGUCCAAGAUCCUAGAACGUCGAUUGCGUUACCUGAGUGACCACUUCACUUACAAUCUAUACUGUAACGUCUGCCGGUCUUUGUUUGAAAAAGACAAGCUGCUCUUCUCCUUUGUGUUAUGCUGCAACAUCCUGAACUCAAAGAAUGAGAUGGACAUGGAAGAAUUCAUGUUUUUCCUGACUGGUGGAGUGGGCCUGGAGAACAAGCUGGAAAACCCAGAUCCCUCAUGGCUGUCAGACAAGGCAUGGGACGAGUUGUGUCGAAUGUGCGAUCUUCGUGGCUUUAAGGAUUUCAGGAAAAGUUUUGUGGGUAACACGCACGAGUGGCGUAAGAUCUACGAUAGUAAAGAACCUCACCGAGCUUCUUUUCCUGCUCCAUGGUCUGAACAACUCUCUGACUUUCAGAAGAUGAUUGUUAUCAGAUGCCUGAGACCUGACAAGGUUGUGCCGCUUGUCACUAAUUUUGUGGAAGACAAGCUUGGUAGUAAGUUUGUGCAGCCUCCACCAUUUGACUUGGCUAAGAGUUAUGUGGAUUCCAAUUCCUGUGCGCCGCUAAUCUUUGUAUUGUCUCCUGGAGCCGAUCCUAUGGCAGGUCUGAUGAAGUUCGCAGCCGAUAAAGGCUUCAGCGGCGACAAGUUUAAUGCCAUAUCCCUCGGACAAGGACAGGGCCCUGUGGCUGCUCGGCUUAUCGAAAAUGCAGUGAAAGAGGGAACCUGGGUUGUACUACAAAACUGUCACCUGGCAGUGUCGUGGAUGACAUCACUAGAAAAGAUCUGUGAAGACUUGUCUCCUGAUAACACUCACCAAGACUUUAGGUUGUGGCUCACAAGUUACCCCUCUGACAAGUUUCCAGUAACUGUGCUCCAGAAUGGCGUGAAGAUGACAAAUGAGCCUCCAACUGGUCUGCGUCAAAAUCUUCUUCAGUCAUAUUUGAGUGAUCCGAUAUCAGAUCAAGAGUUCUUUGAUGGAUGUGGCGCCAAAGCUGCAAUUUGGGAGAAGCUGUUGUUUGGCCUGUGUUUUUUCCACGCCCUGGUACAAGAGCGACGAAAGUUUGGCCCACUGGGUUGGAAUAUACCGUACGGCUUUAACGAAUCCGACUUAAGAAUCAGCGUCAGGCAGCUACAGAUGUUCAUCAACGAGUACGAGGAGAUUCCGUUUGAUGCUGUGACGUACCUUACAGGGGAAUGUAACUAUGGAGGCAGAGUUACUGAUGACAAUGACAGACGCUGUCUAAUGAGUAUCUUGGCAGACUUCUACACUCCAGACAUCGUCCAAGAUCCUAAGUACAAGUUCUCACAGAGUGGUACUUACUACGCUCCUCCAAAGGGUGAAUACGAUCAAUACGUGGAAUUUAUCAAGGAGCUUCCCUUGUCUCAGACGCCCGAGGUGUUUGGCAUGCAUGAUAAUGUGGAUAUUUCCAAAGAGCUCCAGGAAACUAAACAGUUAUUUGACUCCGUACUACUGACACAGUCUCAAAGUGGCGGAGGAGGGGCUGGAAAGAAGUCAGAUGACACUCUGUUGGAGAUUGCUAAGGACAUCUUGUCUAAACUUCCAAAGAACUAUGACUUGGAAGUGGCUCUGCAGAAAUACCCUGUGAAAUAUGAGGAGAGUAUGAACACUGUGCUGGUGCAAGAGAUGGAGAGAUUUAACAAGUUGAUGUCAAUAAUCAGAACAAGUUUACAGAAUCUCCAGAAAGCUAUCAAAGGUUUGGUGGUCAUGUCCUCUGACCUGGAGGCGUUGGCCGGCAGCUUGCUGGUGGGAAAAGUGCCCGAGAUGUGGAUGAAGAGAUCAUAUCCUUCUCUCAAACCUCUUGGUAGCUACAUCAAUGACUUUCUGGCCAGACUCAAGUUUUUGCAGGAUUGGUUCGACAGGGGAAAGCCAGUGGUGUUCUGGAUUUCAGGGUUCUUCUUUACGCAGGCUUUCUUAACUGGUGCUAAACAGAACUAUGCCAGGAAAUACACCAUACCUAUCGAUCUACUGGGCUUUGAGUUCGAGGUUCUGUCUGGGGACUCAGCAGACAAGCCGCCAAAAGACGGUGUCUAUGUACACGGUUUGUUUUUGGAAGGCGCUCGCUGGGAUCGUAAGAGAGGUUUGAUCGGCGAGUCGUUACCAAAGGUUCUUCAUGACACGAUGCCAGUCAUCUGGGUGAAGCCAGGUAAAAUUUCUGAUUUUAAAGACAGCCAAGAGUACAAAUGUCCAGUGUAUAAAACAAGUGAGCGGCGAGGAACUCUUUCUACCACAGGCCACUCAACCAACUAUGUGAUGCCAGUUAUGCUACCUACUGACAAGCUACAGAAUCACUGGAUCAAGCGAGGUGUCGCACUACUCUGCCAACUGGACGACUAAAGCUCAUGUGAAAUAUAUUUUAGUGCCCCGGCUGUUUGACGAUCGGUCUUGAUGAUGUUGGACAGACAAAACCAGUUUUUGUAGUACAGUUUUAGUUUUAAUUUCCAAGAGUUUGCGUUAAAACAUUCGGUGUGUAUGAUACAAAUAAGUUCAUCUCAAACUUACAACAGAAGUAAAAAAAGGGUAGUAUAAAACGCUCUUAUAUUUUAAUGAUGAUUUCAUGCACAUGUACACAUGCAGAUUACUGAACAACGUUGUAAAUAUUAUCUUUAUACAUGCGUGAAUAAAGCUAUUUGGUGUGAAGUUGGCUUACAGCACAGACCUGAGGCAGA